ACCAACAACAUACAUAAUACCUAAGAUUACCAGUUUGUGAUUCAGAAAAGUGCAACAUCUUUCAUAGAAAACAACUGCCCUAAUAAUAACUUAGAUAGAUGACUUCAGAUACAAACUCCCAGAUUCUUUCUCAGUCAUCAUAUUCCAUAACUUGUUCAUCAUCAGACCACUGCUUCUCAGAAGACCAUACCAUACGACUAGAAGACACACUAGACUGUCCAUGAUUACUACUCUCAUGAUUCAUAGAUAGACUAUCAUCAUUAAUUUCUGAAGUCAUAUUUCCCUAGAAAAACCAAGCAAACAACAAGCAAUCAUUCAAACAUUCACAUUCAGAUAUGCUUCAGUUCAAAAUGAGAACAGAAAACAUUAAGGAGAAGAAAGACUGUAAAGAAAAUAUCACAAAUGUAGUCAUAGUCAUCAGAGUCAAUGAUCAAGUUAAAACCAGCAACCUACAAGUUCUUAAUCACAAAGCUCAACUUCCAGUUAAAACAAGCAACCUCAUUGCGAGAGAUUCUAUAAGAUCCAAAACACGUCAGAAUUAAAACCAGCUCAACUUCCAGUUAAAACAAGCCACCCAUUGCGAGAGAUUCUAUAAGCUCAACUUCCAGUUAAAACAAGCCACCUCAUUGCGAGAGAUUCUAUAAGCUCAACUUCCAGUUAAAACAAGCAACCUCAUUGCGAGAGAUUCUAUAAGCUCAACUUCCAGUUAAAACCAACAACCUUAUCUGGUAUUCAAUUAUGCAAGGCACUUCCCCUGCAUUCUUUUUAUCAAACGUAAAUAAAAAAUUUCCCUGAAACUCAUGACGUAAACCAACAAGCAAUCCCAGUUUACAGCAUCUGAAAUUCAUGUUCCUCUGUUUAGUAAGACCCAGUUCACUUAGUGGAAGAUGAAGCAUACCUGAAGCUGGUUGGUCUCGGGUCGAUUGGAGACAAAAACACCUAAGACGUCUGGCGCUUGCCGGAGUGGGUUUCUGGUUGUCUAUAUCAAUACGCCGGGUCGAUUGGAGAAGAGAACAAUCAAGAUGUCGGGCGCUUGCCGGAAUGGGUUUCUGGUUGGCUUCUCGAUUGUAUUGAUGAGGCGGAGCAGGCAAAAGGGCGGGGCUUCAAUCUCCCGGCGGAAUCUGAAAUGUGGCGCGGCGCUUCCGUGUCCGAUUCGUGAUGCAAGAGAGGCCAGCUUCAGGUCCGCUCUCCGAUCGCCAUCUCCGAUUCCUGAGUUUUGGUCAUCAACAUUGUCGCCGCCGGCGGAGGGUUGAGGGAAACGACAAUGUCGAUUUCCGAGUGAGUGAGACCUGGGAAAUAGGAACGAUGAUGACUGACGAGUGAGUGAGGCAGAGGAUUUUUUCAUUUUCAUUUUUUAUUUUUUUAUUAUUUGGGUUUGGAUUUUGAAACCCAAAUCCAUGGGUAAAACCCAAGUGGAUCCAACAUUAUGGGUAUGGGUGUUGACCCAUUAGACUUUACCCAUUUAAAGUUGACUUGGAUUUCAGACCAGACCCACAUGGGUUGGAUAUUUAAAACCCAAUGGGCAUGGGUAAUUCUGCCAUCCCUAAUUAGACCUCUGGCCUCUCAGCUCUCAUCCGAUAUAUAAUUUUUUUCUCUGGUUGAAUCAACUGAUAACAGUAAGAGGGCAUUGGUGAAAUAUAUUCUUAGGUCGCGCUCGCUGUUUCUGUCGUCUUGCUUGUACACUUAUUUGGUCUUCUUAGGGCUGAAAUUCUGACCCUUAAAACCCGACGACCCGUCCCGUCCCGAAGGGUCGGGCCGGGUCAAUCUGCAUAGAGGGACAAGUUCGGGACGGGUCUUCCCCUUGACCCUAUAAGGGACGGGUCAAACUACACUCAGACCCUAAAAAACCCACCUGACCCUAUGACCCGGAAAACAGACCCGUAGAAAUUAAAGAAAUUAAAGAAUACACUUCUCCUUCUUCAUUUUUCUCGCCUCGGUUCUCACUUCUUAUCGACUGAAAGAAAACCUACACCCUAAAAUCUCAAUCGAUUCUUGACGACUUCCAUCCGGGCGUCCAGCCCAAUCGUCGCGCUUCCUCGUCGACGGCGCGGUUGGAGAAUCCCUUCACCGCUUCACGAUACCUCUUCUCCAUUCUUCUCAUCGACUGAAAGGGAAACCUACAGCCUAAAAUCUCCACCGAUUCUCGGCGACUUCCAUCCGGGCGUCCAGCCUAGUUGUCGUGCUUCCUCAUCGGCGGCGCGGUUGGAGAAUCCCUUCACGAUACCUCGUCGCCACCAGGACCUUGGAGAAGAAGUUGUUGGUCGAAAAUCUGCAUCAAUUAUAGGUAUGUUUCUUCGGUUUCCUUCUUUCAUUGUCUCUGUUUCAGCCCCAAGAUUGGUGGUCUCUCGCUACUCUUACUGCUUUGAUUUUUGAGGAUUUGCUCAUAUAUGUGUGGUCUGAAUUUGGUAUUUUGGUUACCCAUAUAUGUAUGUGGUCUGGGUUUGGUCUUCUGGGUGUUUUCGUUGUUGAAAAGUGUACUCAUUUUAGCUCUAGAGUCUAGAAGUUAAACAAGUUUAGCAAGCUGGUUACAUAGGCAGGCUAGUUUUUCCUUUCAAAAGUCAUGUAAAGUUUACCUGGACAAACCAGGUCGUCAGCUAUGGUCAAUUUGGGUUGUGGGUAUUGAUGUUAGCCUGUUAACCAUUACCGUCCUCAUGGUUUUGUGAGUUUCUUUCUGUAAGAUCUGAUAGCUAAUAGUAGGUAUGCUUAAUUAUAUAUGAUGAUAAACCAAUAUGAAAUCAUUGGAUGGUGAAAGUAGAAGUGACGGUUUUGUUUGGAGGGGAGGAAGAUAACAUAGAACAGUCCAGGAAUCUAUCUUCUUAUCUUCCAUUGUUCCUCUGUUCCUCUGUUCCUCUUGCUUUGUUUCUUGUCUUCCACAGAGUGAUUCUUAUCUACCCCUUGCGUCACUCUUUUGUCGAUGCUUGCAAGUGCAAUGAGGUGACAAAGUUUCAUUAUAGAGUUUGUGAUUUCUAUUGGUUGAGUCGAUGCAAUGAUUCAGAUUUAUGAUUUGCCCAUUUCUGUAAGAUCUGAUAGCUAAUAGUAGAUAUGCUUAAUUAUUGUUGGCAGUGUUUGGAGAACUAGUAAUUGCAAGAGAAGGUGAUCUUCUUAAUUAUUGUUGGUAGUCUACCGUCUAGUCAAUCUGUGCCUGAAGAAUCUGUUGAUGAACUGAAGAAGAAAAUUCAGUCACAGGUAAUUCAAAUCACAGCGGAUAAUCGAAGUACUUUUACAGUCAUAGUAGUAAACCGUACAAGAGUUGUUUAAAUCAAUUGAAUAGUCUCUUAUGUGAUUGGUGUGUCAAAGUUUGAUUGUUCUGAACAAAGGUUUCUUGUGCAGCUUAGUCUAUAUGAACAUUGAACUGAACUAACAAAUUAGAAAUGAUGAAAAGAGCAUAUGAACUAAGCUAUAUGCUGUCUCUCUUUUGCUGUAACAUACAAAGCUCAUAAAGUUUGGAUCUUGUAAUUACACCACUGAUGUUUUUUUCAUAAACCUAAUUAGUUCAACUCGAUUCCUCCUAUCCUGAAUACCAAUUAAGGACUUAGGCUUCUUCUUUUGAUUAUUUUGGCCGUUUUUGUUUUGGGUUCCAAAUGACAUGUAUAUAUAUAUUAUAGAUUGUUGUUUGCUUUGAUUCUUUAACAUGGUUAUAAUAAUAUAUCAUCUUCACUUGGUAUUAAUUAUUUGAUUCAUUAAAAUGGCAUGAUAUGGAUGAAGCUAGCAGUAAUCUCAUGGAGGUCUCCACCAAUGCACCUUCUCAAGGAAAUCUUCCGUUAGUUGAUGAAAAUGAAGAAGGUACAUUCGGAACUUCAGCUGUAUGGGAGCAUUAUAAUAUUCAAAAUUGGUCGGAUAAGGAAACUAGAAAAGCUGUUUGCAAAUAUUGUUCAUCAAAGUUAAAAUGUCCAUUUACUUUUGGAACAAGUUGGAGUAUGUUUGUUUUGCGCUUGAUGAGGUUUAUGGGAUAGAACAUGGGGGAAUUUGGACUAAAGAUGAGUUGUUUGAGAGUGUGAAGGGAUUUUUGGAGGAUAUGUUUAAUGACUAUUCGGAAAUGAGAGGGGUUACUUGUGAAAGCUCAUCAAGAAGUGUGGGGAGUGCAACACCAAAUGAGAAUGAUGAAUCUGAAAGUGUGGAAGAUUAUUUGAAGAAAGUUCAAGAUAAAGAGAAUGGAAGAUAGGGUGGGAGAAACUACACUUUCAGAGCUUGAGAGGUACUUAAAGGCGAAUCUUGAGGAUGAUGAGGACAUAACUUUUAACAUUUUAGCAUGGUGGAAGAAGCAUUCUAGUGAGUAUCCAAUAUUGAGCUUGAUGGCUAGAGAUGUGUUGGCGAUUCCAGUAUCCACUGUUGCAUCUGAGUCUGCUUUCAGUACCGGGGGGCGCGUUUUAGAUGCAUUUCGGAGUUCUUUGACUCCCUUGGUUGUUGAAAUUUUAAUUUGUGGUCAAAAUUGGCUUCGAUCGAGUACUCUUCCAAUCGACAUGGAAGAGAAUUUUGAAUAAAUCGAAGAACUUGAA